AUGGCAUCCAUGAUCGGCCUCCUGGCGGUAAUGGCCAUCCCCGUCACCACCAGCGUAGCCCAAGGUAUCAAAGGUGACCGAGAAGAGAAAGCCAAAGCCAAGCUCCCACCAUACUUCACCCUCUUCUCCGAAUGCAAAACCAGUCCACUGCACUCGCACAAGCAGCUCGUUCUCCGUGACAACAAUUGUUACCUUAACACCACCUCGUCCCCCACCGCGGGCCAUCCCUUUGGCGGGUACAUCCGACUCUUCAUAAACAGCGAGACGCCUGCGCUGGUUACGUCAACGUCUUUUGACCCGCCGGCACUCGGCUGGUUGUAUGUAGACAAAGAGACAAGGCGGGUCAAGUACGGCAACCGCGCCGAGGCAGGGGAAGGACUGUUUGGGCCCUGGACGUAUGAUGCGUUUGGCCUAAAUAUGGAGGACUGGUAUGGGUUUGUUGCGGUGGAGGAGGACGGGGAGUGGGCGAUGUAUGCGGAGGUUAAGGGGCAGGAGGGGAAAAUCGAGGGUGUGCAGGUGAGGCUGGUGCAGGAGCCGAUUGAGGAGUUGAUUCCGACGAAGAAGUAG